GCGGGCCCGAGAAACAGAUGAAGGAGGCACGUGACCUGCUGCAGGAACUGAGAGACAAAAACCUCCCCAUGUUUAUUCCUGAAAAGUGUCACAAGACCUACUCAAUACAAUGGUUGGAUAAAGGUGUUGAUCCUGCCUCGGUGAGGGAACACAAGAAAUACAUUGACCAACUGUGUGAAGACUUCGAGAGGACGCUGACAGGGAUGAUCACCCACGGCAUCAAGACGAGGGCGUCUUCCGACACCGACACAGAGCUGUUUCAGGAGGUGGUACAGCACGUGUCCUUCUGUCAGCAGAAGUGCAGCGCCUUCCACGGGAGAGAAGCCAUUCUGAAGACGAUACACAAGUACGUGACGGGUGAUUCCGUCAGCCCAUUAACAGUCUUUGGUGUGUCAGGAAGUGGGAAGACGUCAGUGGUUGCCAUGGCAGCAAAGCAGGCGUCAGAGACACUAGACGAAGGGGCCCUGGUUGUAAGAUUCAUUGGCACCACGCCAGAUAGUUCCUCCGUUUGCAGCCUUCUAAGGAGUGUUACGUCACAAGUGUGGACCAUAUAUGGGCAUGAAGUGCACGACUUGCCGACGGACGUGAAAGAGCUGAGCGGGAUGUUCCACCAGGCUCUGCAGCUGGCACAUGUCAGUAAACCCCUGGUGGUGCUGCUGGACUCCCUGGACCAACUGGACAACUCGGACAAUGGCCGGCAGCUGACCUGGCUGCCCACGCACCUGCCACCGCACGUGAGGCUAGUGGUGUCUACUCUGCCGGAGAGUCAGCACGAAUGUCUACAGAGGAUGCAGGCCAUGGUGCCCUCCAAAGGCUUCUUCGUCCAGGUGCCAAAGUUGCCUGACGGUGAUGCGACAGGAAUCCUGGACAAGUGGCUGGAGACCGCCCAGAGGAAACUGACCACGGGUCAGAGAGGGGUUAUCAACGCAGCGUUCCACCAGUGUCCGUUGCCCCUCUUCCUGAAGCUUGCGUUCGACGAGGCACAUAGAUGGCGCUCCUUCACCCCCGUGUGCGAGACCGUGUUGGAGUCAACGGUCAGAGGAUGCAUCAAGAUGCUCUUCCUCAAGCUGGAGAGAGCUCAUGGGAGGAUGUUUGUGUCCAGAGCAUUGGGAUACCUAACCAUUAGUAGACGCGGCCUGACUGAGAGUGAGCUUGAGGACAUCCUCUCUUGUGACGACGACGUCCUGAACGACGUGUACAUGUACUGGACGCCCCCAAUACGACGACUACCACCACUGCUGCUGGUCAGACUCAAGGCAGAAUUCAACCAGUACCUUGUGGACAAAGGAGCCGAUGGAGUGAGGGUGUUCUUCUGGUAUCACCGGCAGUUUAUCGAGGCUGCCUAUGAACGCUACUGCAGCGACGACAGUGACCAAAAGAAGAUGCACGGCGCUCUGGGCGACUUCUUCUCCGGCGUUUGGGCUCAUGGUACGCAGAAGCCGUACACAGACGAACAUGGCACUGACCGGAAGGCAGAUCGUCACGUGACUGCGCAGCAGCUCCGUUUCGGCGAAUCUUACAACUUGCGUCUCCUAAACAACCUGGCCUUCCACCGACUCCGGGCCGGACAGGUGGCGCUGCUCAAACAGCAGUGUCUCUGUAACUUCAGCUUCAUGCAGGCCAAGCUAGUGGCCUUGGGACUCAGACAAGUUCUCGAGGAUUUCCUGGACGCCAGAAACUUGUUCGAUGAGGACAACGCCAUUUCAACAAUAGGUGAAGCACUUCAGCUCUCCCAGGGGGCGCUUAUCAAGUACCCGUAUGAACUUCCAUCGCAGCUACGGGGCAGGAUCAAAGAGGACAAGGAGCUGCGUCCCUUCCUACAACAGUGCGACGAUUCUCCAACUGGGUACCUGGUAGCGAACAAGCCAAUCCUUACCCGACCUGGAGGUCAACUCGUGCAUUGCCUGGCGGGUCACAAAGGAGACAUAACUGGCCUUGCAAUCACGUGUAACGGGGAAUAUGCUCUCACAUGUUCAAGGGACAAGACAUUGAAGAUCUGGGAUGUUUAUGGUGGAAAGUUGUAUCGUUCUAUCGACAAUGUCGGUGAGGACCCCGACACCAUCAGGUUGUGUUUAAACGACCAUCUGGCGCUCGUCAACCCAGAUGGCGAGAUACAGGCGUAUGAAAUCAGUACCGGAAACAGGAAGUACGUCAUAAAGGUUGAGGACAUGAAGGUGCAGUUCUGCUGCGCAGGACCAGGGGAGACAACUGUGGCUGUAUUUACUCUCAGCACGGUGCAGCUGUACCGCGCCAAUGAUGGUCAACUGAUCCAAGAAGUCAAGUGCCCGUAUGUGGGAGGUGAUAUCACUAUGGGUGAAGAGGGGCCAAGCGCAGGCAGCGGUAACUACCUGGUUACCGUGGACACGGAACAACGUCACCUGUUUGUAUUCAACGUCCAAACUGCGACCUUCACCAUGAUCAAAGACGUGUUUUCCGCUUCCGAAAACGACGGUGGAGAGGUACGAGAAGAGAUGACGACUGUUGAUGCUCUUGCACUCAUCGACGACGGCCGCACCAUCGUUGUAUCCAACAUGUUCAGCAACGACCUUCAUUUGCUUGACAGCGCCACCUUGAAACAAAAACGCGUCCUGAAGGGAUCUCAGCGUGACAUCCUUGAGAAGUUCCACGUGACUCCGGAUUGCCGCUACGUCUACUUCGCCAGCUUCAACAACGUCGUGGCCUGGGACGUGCGAUCAGAGGAUAGACACGCCAUCCUCGAACAUCAUACACGUUACCACGACGUGGCGACGGCGGACAUGGAGUUGGUGGUGACGACGGGGGAGGACCACGUGGUCAAAGUGUGGGAUAUCAGCCGGGAGGCGACCUCAGAAGCCCGGGAUGACGGAUUUACCAUCAGCCGUUUCGCCGUCCUGGACAACCCCCGUUACGUCGUUCUAUUCGGGGCAUACGACGUCUCCCGCCGCUUCCUCAACGUGUACGACCUGGUGACGUGCUCAUAUGUCCGACAGAUGCAGGUGAAUGCGGAUAUCAAAGACCUGGUUGUCCUUGACAACCACAGAGUAAUGGUGAGGGUCGGCCGGAAGUUGAAAAUUGUCGAUUUUUCCAAGAUGGCUGUCACUGUGACGUUUCAAGGGCAGCUGCCGCUGGGGUCUUACAAAGACUUCUGUGUAGUGAAGCAACGGAAGGAGGUCGUAUCCGUCACCAGGGGGCGCAGCCACAUCAAAGUGUAUAAAACAGCCACGGGAAAAGUGUCUCACGUGAUCAAGUCCGAGGACGGACAUCGGCUGAUAUGUGUUCUGGCGAACAAGUCCGGCACAACUCUAUUGGCGGAAACAGAGGAGGGGACCUACCUUGUGUUUGACCUCAACAUCCAGAGAUUCCGGUACAAGUUCGACCCCGUGACCUUGAACUUCAAAGAGACGUACACUGAUGGUGCGUGCGUCACAGAAGAUGGCCGUUUCUUCAUCUUUAACGCAGAAAUGAUGACCGAAGACGACUCGGCGCCGAGCAAAAUCUACAUUUGGAAUAUCAACAAACGUGAGGUGGAGCACGAACUGACUGAUGCGGGAGCAUACGAGAUGUUCCUGGAAACUGGCGACAUCUACUACAACACUAGCGUGGACAGCUUCGAAUUCCUGCCACCUUCAUCCAUCCUCGCCAACCUCAACGACGGCCGCAUGCGGCUUUUUGACACAAUCUCAGGUAAUAUGACUAUGACCUUGCCUGGCCAUGCAAGCGCCCGGAUGUGUGUACCGGAAGUUGGCCCGUAUGUGUUGACACGCGGCACGUUGGUUGAAGACCGGACGUUCAGACUGCUGGACCGGAAGACCUUCCAGAGCGUGGCCACUUUCACGCCGGAUUUCAAUUUGGCUGAGCUGUUUCUCACCAGUGACGGCCACCACUGCGUCGGCUACUUCCCUAACUACCCCGACCCCGUGCUGUGGACGCUACGGGACACUAACGCCCAGAAACAACAAAAGGGAUACAAGCCUCUCUCCGCAUUCAUCAGUAUCUAUGGCGACAAAGCAUCUGUCAUUGUGGCGCACCUGGAAACUGCCAAGGACAAUGGGGACGACCCAGCCGACCCCGACACCGACGUGGACGAAACAGAGGACGACGUGAUCGACGAAGACGACGCGGAUUUUGAUGAAGACUGGUUUUGAUCCACUAACCGCUUGGGGACGCCUCCAUGGAUUAGUGGUAGAGCGGAAGGCCAGGGGUUCGAUCCCCGGCUGCGUCAUACCGAGAGACGUUAAAGGAUGGUACUUGUUGUUAUUUGUUGUUACCCUGUCUGGCGCUUGGGGUUAAUACAAGAACUGGUCGGUUCGUAGUCAGAAUACUGUGUCUGAGUAGGGUAUUCAUUUUACACUGUGGCAUGGUAUAUCAGUGGGCUGGCACUACAAGCAGCCACACACACCCACACACACCCACACACAGCCACACUCACACGUGCAUGCACGUCCCUAUAAAAGUGCAAUAAUCUUGGACGGGACGUUAAAUCUCAUUACACCUCACUUCAUCUCACUUCAUCUCACUAACAGCUUGUUCUAAUACGUCAUUAUCUGACAGAGAUACUGCCGAUAUUGGCGACGUUAAGUAAAUUGCUGGGCAAAAGAAAGCAAAAUACUUGAAAAUUUGAUUUAACCCAAAAGUUGCAAACGUUAUCAAAACGUUACUAGGCUGAAAACAGCCCCUAAACACUGCUAAAGUAGAGUCAAAAACACAAGUAUGACACCGGUAUUAAGUACACAUCAAUCGAAUAACCAUUUUGUCUUUGAUUUUAGCCACCAUCAAACAUGGCCGGCAGUGUUUUAAAUAUUACUCAUUUGGUGCUGUAAAAAUGUACAUAUCACAUAGUUGAUACUGUACAGUAUUUGAGAUAUGUACUUGAAGAACUAUUAGUUCCUGUGUAAUAUCUGAUAUAUAAACUGUUGUUAUGAUACGAGAUACGCAUAAUACUUGUUAUUUGUAUAUGCGUGAAUGAUAAGUGACAUUGUAUAGUCCUUUGGACGAGAACAUUUGAUAUGUCAUUUGUUACUUUACAAUGUUUGUGAUAUAUGCAUGUAUUUGAGAUCUGUGAUAUUGCAUAUAUGUUUUAUGUAGGCAUAGUUGUUAUUCGUUGUUUGACAAUACGGUAUUCGUUACUUGACAAUAUGUGUGAUAUAUGCAUUGUUGGUAUUCGUUACUUGGCAAUCUCAUUGAAAUCAGAUCUUAGUUCUCGCUACCAUUCCAGAUUUUUUAAAUCCAGUAUACAUCAAAAUAUGUUUUGAAGCGUAGUAGCCAGUUUGAAACUCGGUAAAGCACGAUAAAGCUGCAUUCUGAUUGGCUAUUGUCGACUUCUUGGUAGUCAUUCCAUUGGUCGGUCAAAGUUCGCGAAAGGUCGGUCUGACGUGACCCGUAAUGGGAUGUCCUCAGAUCUUUGUUUAGCGGUAGCGAGGACUAAGAUAUGAUUUUAAUGAGAAUGCGUUACUUAGUAAUAUGUGUGAUAUGUGCAUUGUUUGUACUUGUUACUCGACAAAAUGUAAUGAUGUACAGUACCUGUAGCAGAGGCGUGGGCAAAUUACCAUACCUGUUGCAGAGGCGUGGGCAAUAUGAGAUAUUGUUAUAAAUUAGUAAGUUUAUUUCUGUUUUGUAGGCCAUCGGCCCAUGUACGAAGUUGUUACAACAAUAUAAGGGUAGCGCCCGAGGUCUUCCAUAACUGCCCGACAAAGGACGUGAAAAGACCGAGGGCUUCUGCAAAUGAUAAUGCCCUGAAAAAUAGCGUUACAGUUAUUAUAGCUAAAAUGGAUAGAAUUUGUUAUCAAAUAAAAAUAAACAGCAAUAUCGGUUUCGAAACAUUUACUGCAAUCAACACACAACGAUUGUCAGUGAUCCACUUUUAAAAAUAUGAAAACGUCACAGAACGAACCAGAUGAGGCCACUAUUUAACAUCAAUAUGACGUCACCUAACAACGGGCGUGAUAAUGGCCCGUCGUCAAGCAAUAUAAGGGCAGUAUUAGGGUUACAGUGGCCCGCUCUUUUCUGAUAACAUGCGGACGGUUUAAUGAUAAUUCUAGCCAUCAUUGCUAUAAUAUGUGAUAAUGUACAGUAUUUGUAACAUCAGCGUGGGAUAUAUGAAAACUGUGUAACAGUUCUGAUCUGUGGCGUAUAUGGGACAUAAUCAAAAUACUUCCCAAACGGCAACACACCGCGAUGUUACAACGAUGUUGUAAGAUAACGGAUUGGUAACGUCAUGAUAUAACGUUGUCACGAGGUUGUACGACUGUGUAAGUAUACGUAACUUUAUUACGUAAGCUACGUACCGUUUAAUGGAAACUAUAACUCUCAUGUUAAAUUACGUUGUUUAAAUAUUGUGCACCAAUCAUCCGCCGACAUGUUUCUUGCAACGUUUUAGAAACGCUGGAAUGUCUUGUGUACAAAUAGCAACUUCACUUAUGCAGCAAUACAGCACCAAUUUACAAGGACUCCAUUCUACAUUAUAUUUUCAUCUCGUAAGUUUACACAAUAAGGUAUGGUAAAUGCCUCCUCCCAUGUCAACUUAGUGGCAACACAAUUGUAACAUUAUAUCGUUCUGGCAUGACGUUGUUUAGACGUUGUGCGUCAAACAUCCAACAACGUUCUCGCAGCAACGUUUGGUACUGUCUGUUUCGACGAAUGUAGUAAAAGCAAUGGGGACAUUGGUAUCAUCGGCAUUUCUGCAGAAAACAAUGCAACAACGUGUAAUAUAGUGAGUGAAUGUUGUUUUACGUGUAUUCUUAUGUCAGUGAAUGAGAAGUCCUGCAGUGUACCAUGACAACAGGUGUAACAUAAACUCGCAGCUCAACUCAUGUUUCUUAAAAGUUAAUAAAUGUAUUUUUUUAUAUAUCUAUUAUGUUUUUUCUAUUUCUUUUCACACUGUAAAUAUCGAGCUUGGGUGACGUAGAGGAAUACCACCAGACAACAGUCUUACAUGCAGGCAAUGAGCAUUGUGCAUACACUGGUAGUAAAGAGUUAAAAUACGUACUUUAUUUCAGAUCCCAAUUCGAGGUAACGAACUAUUUCGAAACGAAAUCAUACAUGAACUCA